GAGCAGCCACCCUGGCCUCUAGCCAUCCCUCGCCCACGCCCCAGCGGCAGCAUGGCUGGGGACCGGCUCCCUCGGAAAGUCAUGGAUGCCAAGAAGCUGGCUAGCCUCCUGCGCCGGGGAGCCGGGGGGCCCCUGGUCAUCGACAGCCGCUCCUUUGUGGAGUACAACAGUGGGCACGUGCUCAGCUCCGUCAACAUCUGCUGCUCCAAGCUGGUCAAGAGAAGGCUGCAGCAAGACAAGGUAUCCAUUACGGAGCUCAUCCAGCCAGCGUCCAGGAUGAAGGUGGAGGCCGAAGAGAGGCAGGACGUGGUAGUGUACGACCAGAGCACCCGCGAUGCCAGCGUGCUGGCCGCCGACAGCUUCCUCUCCAUCCUGCUCAGCAAGCUGGAUGGCUGCUUUCACAGCGUGUCCAUCCUCACAGGAGGCUUUGCUACCUUCUCCUCCUGCUUCCCUGGCCUCUGUGAAGGGAAACCAGCGGCCAGUCUGCCCAUGAGCCUCUCCCAGCCCUGCCUGCCUGUGGCCAGUGUGGCCCUGACCCGCAUCCUCCCUCACCUUUACCUGGGCUCCCAGAAGGAUGUCCUUAACCAGGAUCUGAUGACCCGAAAUGGGAUAAGCUACGUCCUUAACGCGAGUAACUCAUGUCCAAAGCCGGACUUCAUCUGUGAGAGUCGCUUCAUGCGUAUCCCUGUGAAUGACAGUUACUGCGAAAAGCUGCUGCCUUGGCUGGACAAGUCCAUUGAGUUCAUAGACAAGGCCAAGCUGUCCAGUUGCCAAGUGAUCGUGCACUGUCUAGCCGGCAUCUCCCGCUCGGCCACUAUCGCCAUCGCCUACAUCAUGAAGACUAUGGGCAUGUCCUCGGACGAUGCCUACAGGUUCGUGAAGGACCGGCGCCCGUCUAUCUCACCCAACUUCAACUUCCUGGGUCAGUUGCUGGAGUAUGAGCGCAGCCUGAAGCUGCUAAAGGCCCUGAAAGCCGAGGGCGAGCCCACAGCCCCAGGGCCCGCUGAGCCCUUGCCUCCCUCCGCCCAGCCGCUGCCACUGCCGCCACCGUCUACCUCAGAGCCCGGGGGAGAGGGCAGCCCCCUGGCGCCCCCCACCAAGCCUCUGUGUGCCAGCGCCCUCCAGCAGGGCCUUCGCGGGCUCCACCUGUCCUCCGAGCGCAUCCAGGACACCAACCGCCUGAAGCGCUCCUUCUCCCUGGACAUCAAGUCGGCUUACGCCCCCAGCAGGCAGCCCGAUGCCCCGGGCCCCCUCGACCCUGGGGAGGCCCCCAAGCUCUGCAAGCUAGACAGCCCCUCUGGAGCGUCCACCAGCCCGGACAGCCCCGACCAGCCGGGGCCCGGGGCCGACCUGCCCCUCGAGGCCAAGCCUCGGCUGAGGAGGAAGCACAGGCAUCCUGCCACGUCCCCGGGCCACGGCCUCAGCCUGAACUUUGGCGCUGCCCCCAAGUCAGGGCCAGCGUCUGGUGGAGGGGAGGACAGCCGGCUUGGCCUCUCUGUCCACGGCCUGCCCGGCCCCGGCCCGGGAGGCUGGGCCUUGGCCCUGGACUCCCCUGGGACGCCCUCCCCCGAGGGGCCCUGGUACUUGAACCCAGAGGGCGCUGGGGGCAGCGGGGCGCCCCCGGCCCUCUUCCCAGUGGCCUCCUUUGGCCGGGCUGGCCUUCCGGGCAGUGGCAGUGUGGACCUGAGACUGAGGGACAAGCCCCGAGCAGAGCCCCGGGACGGCAGGCACAGCUGGCAUGAAGACCCCGGCCCAGAGAAGUCCUUUAAGCGGAGGAGCUGCCAGAUGGAGUUUGAGGAGGGCAUGGUGGAGGGCCGGGCGCGGGAGGACCUCGGGACCGUCAGCAAACAAGCCAGCUUCUCGGGAAGCAUGGAGAUCAUCGAGGUGUCCUGA